AUGGCGCAGCAGCAACUGGGCACCAACAAUUUAAAUGGGACAAAUAGUGAAUAUACUGGAGAGGACUGUGAACAGCUCAUGACCAGAAGUGAAACUGACUCUUGGCAUGCAAAGUCAAGCACAAGGUCAAAGGUCAAGGUAGAGAGAGUGGCCCUGGUGGUUCUCUGUCUUCUGCUGGCAGCUGCUCUCCUCAUUAUUUAUCGCCUCAGUGAGUUUGCAACGUUUGAAAACAUGAAAACCAGAGAAUCACUGAAAAAACUGGAAGAUCACAUAAUGAAAGGUGAAAAUGUUCUGACAGAUGAUUCAUUUUAUAAAUGUGAAGAAGGCUGGGAGGAACAUGGAGGAAAGUGCUAUUACUUCUCCAUCAGUCAAUCAUCCUGGAAACAGAGCAGAGAUGAAUGUAGAGCUAAAGGAGGAGACCUGGUUAAGAUAGACAGCAGAGAGGAGCAGGCAUUCCUUGAGAGAAGAGUGAGAGAACAAAUGAAAGAAAGUGAGGACAAGUUCUGGAUCGGGCUGACCGACUCAGCAGUAGAGGGCAGAUGGUUGUGGGUGGACGGAUCACUACUGGAUGAAAGUUUGAAGUUUUGGACUGGCAAAGAGCCAAACAAUGUGGCAGGAAAAGAUCCUAAUGGAGAGGACUGUGUGAGGAUGGGAAAAGAAUGUGAAACUAAAGAUCUGAAGUGUUGGUUUGAUCAGUCCUGCUCAAAGCCUCAAAGAAGUAUUUGUGAGAAGCAGGAGUAA